GCGUAGUUGUUUUUUUUUGUCCAUCUGUGACACUUUUCUGUCCACAGCUGUUUCUGAACUGUUUCUUGUAAUGAACCUUAAAAAUUAUUUUCUAUUAUCAUGUUGCAUUGGUACACGCAUAAAAUUUAUCUGCAUCAACUUGGUAAAGCCAUAGUUAUCCUCUUUAUUGAUUGAAAGUAAGGAAUCUGCAUCAACUUGGUAAAGCCAUAGUUAUCCUCUUCAUUGAUUGAACGUUAGGGAUCUGCAUCAACUUGGUAAAGCAAUAGUUAUCCUAUCAUUGAUUGAAAGUAAGGAAUUCCAUAACUGUUUUUUGCUUUCCAUAGCUGUUGCUCAGUAACUGUUGUAUGGAACUACAUGAAACUUGUUAUUAAUAUGUAUGUUCAUAAAAUGUUUGUGCGUGGUUAAGUAUUGCUUGGAUUGCCUUGGUAAAUUAAUUUUCAAACCCACUUAAUUGGUUGAAACAGUUGUGUUUUUUUUCUGCCCAAUGCUACCUCUCAGUAAAUAUAAUGAUAUUAACAACUUUAGUUAGCAGAAUGCUACCUGCAGAAUCAAUCCUUAGAGUUUGUGCUCAGCAAAACACAACUACUAGAAGAACGGAGACGAAUAGCCAGAAGACUGCUUUCUGAAGGGGAAAUCAUUGGAGGUCAUCUAGAAGAGAUAGCAAGUAGCCCAUCAGUUGAACAUGAGCACUUGGACCAGCUGACAAACACCUCUGCCAUGGAGAUGGAAGUGCCAGACACUGACCCAGUAGUGGAUGAUGUGGCAACAACCAGGCACUUGGACCAGCUGACAAACACCUCUGCCAUGGAGAUGGAAGUGCCAGACACUGACCCAGUAGUGGAUGAUGUGGCAACAACCAGGCACUUGGACCAGCUGACAAACACCUCUGCCAUGGAGAUGGAAGUGCCAGACACUGACCCAGAAGUGGAUGAUGUGGCAACAACCAGGAACUUGGACCAGCUGACAAACACCUCUGCCAUGGAGAUGGAAGUGCCAGACACUGACCCAGUAGUGGAUGAUGUGGCAACAACCAGGGAGUCAAGAUAUCCAGUCAGAGCAAGUACAUCAAAGGCACCUUUUCGCAGAGAGUCCUUUAUUUAUUAUGGACCUAAGAGAGUCAAAGAAACUCAUUGUCUGUGCAACAUGCCGGAUGAUGGAAGAGAGUACUGGCAGUGUGAAGGAUGCCUUAAAUGGUUCCAUCCGGAAUGUGUUGGUGAGUCGGUGGAACCAGAAAAGUACACAUGCGCAUCAUGUUCACACAAGGAUCUUCCACAGGAAAAGAUAUUUGAGAUUCCAGAACUUUUCAAGACUAUUAUAGAUGAGGAGGAACAGGGUGAGGGCACAUUUUUUAUCUGUGCAAAGGACGCCUGUGAUAAUAUGGCUGCAGGAAUCAGCAGAGCCAGCAUGAUAUUGAACCAUGUAGGAUCAUCAAGCCCUCUUCCAUGGAUGAAUUCUGCUAACCAGUUUAUGGCAGGCAACCGGCAAGUGAAAAAUGGGUUUGGAUUUGCCAUCUUCAGCUGUGUGGCCAUAGAGUGUGUGAGACACUACAUUAAAGACGAACUGAUGGAACAGAAUGAAGAUGAACCAUACUAUUCUGUCGUAAAACAGUUGCGGGGGGUUAAAGAUCCCAACCUCAAAGCUUAUCUUGCAAAGGAUAAAUACAUGCACAACGAAUUUAUCACAGAAGUGCUGCUUCCUGAAGCCUUGAUAGGCAUUUUCCAAGCCUUUACUAAAUGCAGCUACCAAGAAGCCCAUACUGAAUGCAGUUGUGUCGUUGGACAAUCUGCAUUAAAGGCUUUAAAAAAUGCCUGCGAAAUAAGUGAGUCAAAGCGGACACAGUUGAUGAGGAAAUAUGCAUCCAGCAUUGGAAGCUAAAUUUUUCUUUAAAAAAAUACAAUUAAUUUAAUGAGGUAGUUUACAUAAUGCCCUGUCUGUUGGUUUGUUUGUUUGUGCAAACCUUAACAUUUGCAAUAACUUUUGCAAUAUUAAAGGUAGCAACUUCAUAUAUAGCAUGCAUGUGUAUCUCAUGGAGCUACACACUUUGAGUUGUGUAAGGUCAAGGUAUUCGUUUUUUUGGUAAAAUUGAUGAAUAAAUAUGACAUCUCUUCGCAAAUUGUUUUAAAAUUAAUACACAACUUGUUUCAGAAACAUUGUUUAAUAACAUUAGAUUGUCAUUUAUUCAAUUUGAAAGUUGUCAAAAGUAAUUAUUUCUCCCUAUACGGUAGCUUUAGGUAUAUGUGAUAUAUCAUAAGAAAACUAAUCUUCAUUGCAUUACAAAUUAAUGAAGCAUUCUUUACAUUUGCUUUUAUGACACAAAAAAAACUAGUUUAGACUUAUAAAAUUGAUCAAAUAAUUAUUUGAACAUAAAGUUUGACCAGACUGUACAAUUUAAACACAAAAGUUUAUAACGACGUGUAUCUUGUGCUUUGCAUUUGUUAAAAAGUUGCCUUAUAAUUGUGCGAACCAUGUCUUCUCAAAUUAAAAAUGCAUCUUAUUCAAAGGUGAUCAGAACUAAAUGUGUUUUUUUUAAUAAUUCAGGGAUAAAAAAAUCAGACUAAGAAACCAUAUGCAAUAAUUCAUAGUCUGUAGUCCUCACAGAGAGAAACUUCAAUAAACAAUAUGUUGUUAUUAUAUAAUACCUUCGUGUUUGCCUCACGGUUGCCUAUUGAUUUGUUUAAAAAUAGGAAGUUUAUAAUGAGGUAUAUAACACACAGAAAUUUCAUAAUUGAAUCAUUUUAUGCUCCUCCAAAAAAUUCUUGUCUGAGCUUUUUCUCAGCAACUUGUUACGGGAAUUCAAUGAAACUUUAUGGGAAGCUUCACUUCCAACAGGAGAUGUGCAUGUUAUCAGCCAGUUAUGGUCGGAUGAUUUUUCACAGAGUUAUGGCCCAUUGAAAUUUUCCAUUAACUGUAAAUAUUGUGCAUUCUUGUUCGGGCUAUUUCUCAGCAACUAAUGUCUGCAAUUGAAUGAAACUUUAUGGGAAGCUUCACUACCAACAGGACAUGUGCAUAUUAUCAGCAAGUUAUGGUCGGAUGAUUUUUCAUAGAGUUAUGGCCCUUUGAAAUUUUCAAUAUACUGUACAUAUAGUGCAAUUCUUGUCCGGGCUAUUUAUCCCCAACUAAUGACUUGAAUUCAAUGAAGUUUUACGGAAAGCUUAACUGCCUUGAAGAGAUGCGCGUGUUAUUUGUGGGUUCUGGUAAGAUGAUUUCUUUAGAGACUUAUGGCCCUUUGAAAUUGUUAAGAUGCUAAACCAUCCAUCGUAUUAUUUUGUCCAAAGUUAUGCCCCUCAAGAUGUUUCCUUUUAUCUGAAUAUAUAGUGCAAUAUUGUGACAAAAAAAAACUUUGUGGAGCUUCAUCCGUCUCUGACGGCUUGUUUUAGUUAAAUAUUAUUUGUAAAUCCCAUAUUAAUAAGUUGUUACCAUUAAGUUUUAUGUUUUGCUAUGAAAGUAAAGCAUUUGAUAAUUGUAAGUUGUUUUAUAUAGUUCAAUUGAAUGUCUAUUGUUUUGUUUUAAAAUAGGCAACAUUUUGUGAUGCUGACAAUUAGAUCAACAUCAUAAAUUCUUAACUUGCAUUUCAGACAAAGACCAAAUAUGAAAAAAAUCAUUGUUUUCUGUCUUCUGAGAAAGAAACUUUAAUAAAAACAAAUAUAUAUCAGGUCAGGCAAUACAUAUGUUUGUGUCUUAGUAAUAUCACGGUACUCACUUUUAAAUCACUAUUAUAGCUUUGUUUUGCCUCACGAUUGCUUAUUGUUUCAUUUAGAAAAGGCAGUCUAUACUGAGGUAUAUAACACACAGAAAUGUCAUAUUUGAAUAAUUUUCUAUUUAUUGUAGCACUUGAUAAAUGUAAGUUCUUUAUUUAGUUCAUUCGAAUGUCUAUUGUUAACCAAAUUUUCCAAGGGAAAAACUGUUUAUUAUAUUGGCAGAUGUCAGAUGUUUAUAUUUUUAACCAGGUUUUCCGAAGGAAAAAACUGGUUAUUAGAUUGGCGAAUGCGGGCGGGCUGGCCCGC